UUUUGGCGCGCACCACUCGAGGCGGCGGCGAUGGAUCGUCUCCGGCAUCGGAACCCUAGAACCGGCCCUCCCACUUCCUCCUCUAUGAAGCCCCCGCGGCCCCCGCGCGGCCCGUCCUUCCAGCCACCAGCGCCGCCGAGGCCCCUCCCGGAGGCCUCCUCCCCAGGUGGAAGGCCAAGGAAAAAAGUUCGGUUUGCUACUGAAGGCAGCAGACAUCAGAUGUGCACGAGACAGGAUGCAAACACAGGCAAAGCUGAAAAAAGCAGACCCCAAGGUUGUGAUGCAAAAACUAGUGAAUACAAAUUCUUUAAGAAAUUGUGGGAUCAGUCAGGCCGUAGAUCUCAUUCUUUCUCCAAGCAAAACGAAGAAACACUAAUAGAACUGCAAAAUGUAAUGCCAGCCAGAAAGCUCCCUGUCCAGAAGAGCACUCUUUGUUCUGAGGAGACCCCUAAUACACCUUCUAAGAAUGAAGAAAUCUACCAUGAGCAAGUCAAUGAGAAAGCUUCCCAUUCUGAAUGUGUCAAUAAUGAUACACCUCAGUUAAAACCACGUGAUUACUUGACUGUUCAUGUUCGCACACCCAUAAAUCAGAUUUCCUUCGAAGCCGUAGGGAUUUCAAGAAACACUGCCAUAGAACCUUGGAGUGGACGGAUCUUUUCAGAAAAGAGAGGGAAAUUAUUAAAGCUAGCUGCAAAAACUGUGUCAAUGGAAAGUUCUGAGUUUUUGCAGAGAAGAUCAGAAUUUUUUGCUGACAUCCUGCAAAGGCUAGGCACCGAGAACAUGAUAAAAAAGCGUCCGAAGGAGUCCAUGAGACUGAUGAAGGUCUUCCAACAUAAUCACACUGGCACCGGAUGUCAUUUCAAAACUGUGCUUGAUUAUAGGCUUAGCGACUUUGAUUCGCAAACUAAACUGAGAACAGAAAAAGGUUCAUCCUCUUAUGCAACUCAGGAAGCCUGUCAAUUCAUGGCUUUGCCACUGGGACACGAUCAGGGCCUUACAGGUUCCCUUGAUUGGAAAAUGGAUUUACCUCACAGGGGCAAUGAAGCACGUGAGAGCAUGGCCUUACCAUGGGUGCACACUGUAAGUCCUUCAAACUCUGGUUGUAAAGGAGACACUGCUCACAACCAGAUUUCUAACUUGUUGCUAGAGGAUGUCCAACCACACACCAGAGGCAAAACAGCUUCAGCUAAUGAGUUGAACUGUAAUGUUGAAACAAGGUCAUGUGCUUAUCAUGGAUGGGCGCCUAUGUUGUCAGCUGGAUUCUCUGGGUCCAUUCCAAAUAGAUUUUCCAUGCCCUGUCAGAUUGAGGAGAAACAUGUGGUACCAUAUGAAAUAUCAAAUACCCACUGGCGACCUGGCCUCCGUAAACCUGUAGAACAAUGUUUUUCUCCUUCAGUUGAAUUGGAUGGGCAAGGCCAGGAGGCAGGAUUAUCUCUUAAGUGUGGUGUUGGGCUUCUAGAUCAAUGUAUUUCUAGGUCAGAUGGGCUGGAAAGGCAAGACCAACAUGAGGCGGGAGUAGUUAGUUCUGACACUGGACUUCUAUCUAGCUUCGACCAGUUAUAUGCGAAAUGCUCUGGUUCGAGCUUUUUUGAUACUAGAAAUGGAAUCCUCAAUCACAGUGAUUUUAGCUAUAUGUCCAACUUACCUGCAAGUGAGAGCAAAGAUAUUGUGUCAAAUGCAAACAGAAGUAGUCUGGAUCUCAUAUUUUCAACUUCAGAGCACCCUUUUCAAUUGGACUCAAAGAGGUUGCAUGAAACUUCCAUGUGUUUAUCUUCUUUGGCUGGACUGGAGGAUAAAUAUACUACGGAGGCUGGGAUUUUUGAUAAUACUGAUAUGGGGCCUAUACAGGGAUGGGACCAGUUACCUGCGAAGUUCACUUAUACAAGAUUUUCAAACUACACAUCUAGAACUCUGGAUCAUCACCAUCUCAGAUAUAUGCCUCCCGAGGAGAGUAGUACUUUGUCCAUGGAUGCAAACGGCGGUUGUUUGAACUCUCCAUCACCAUACACAGAUCAUCCUUUUAAGCAAGAUGGAAAAGGCUUGUGUGACUCUUCCACAGAAUUGUGGUCAUCAGUGCAUCAUCUCCAAUCUCAUGGAGAUGAUUUUGGAGCUGUGCCCGGUUUCAUGUCAGAGGAAAAUACUUGCAAUGAUUUGGAAGAUCACUGCAGUUUCAUGUUAGUCGAAGGAAACCCAAACGACUUGUGCACACCUGAUCUUUUGUUAUUCGGUUAAUGCUCUGCUAUGGAUGGCAUCAGGGAGGCUUGUGUGUCCUGAUGGCCUAAGGUCGUAGUCCACUCCAAAUUGCACCUUCCUCUAUUGUUUUUUGUCCAGGCUGAUUCUGUUGGCAGAUGAUACCUUUCAAUGAAUGUGUCUUGAAUGUUGAGUGUACAUAUGUGUAUGUAGAUGAAGUUAUGAGAGAUUCACAGAUGUUCACCUGAUUUUGGAAAGGCUUGCCUUGUCCAGCUACAAGCCUACAAGGAAUGAAUGCUAAUUAUUUCUAUUAACACUUCUAUAGAAAAAUAUCUAGGUUUAAAACAUCCUAUACUCCAAAUGAAAUUGCUCAAGCUGAUGGUGCGUUGUUAUAAAUAA